GCUGAUCUUACUCUCCAACCUCACAGCGAAACCGAUGAGUGACCGGUUAGUCCCGACGUCGCUCUUGCUUUCACCGAGUUCCUCGCUGACACGUCGAGCCAGAGAGAUUGCAGAAAUUCGUCGAGGCUCCGUGACGUAAACCUUGCAAUGGCGGCCCUGAAGCAUCUCAUGUUCUAGAAUGAAGGACGGAAUCUGCGUACUCUUUCCGCUACCGGUCUCACUGCAAAUAAUGAGGGCCUGGUGGGUGUCCAAAGUGCUCAGGAUUUCAUCCUUAAAGUUCCAGAUGGGGAGGUUCAUUCGACCUUGUAUCAUGCGUUGAAAGGCUGGAGUGGAAGUCUUGGCCUCCCAAAUCUCGCGUAGCUGCUCAACCUGACCGAAAUAAUCGGCUCGAGCAGGUCCUUUCACAGGACUGCCCGGCUUGCUUGCCGUGCCAUUUCUUUUCCGGAAGUUAUCUAGAAGCACGACAUCAUCUUCAAAGGUUCCCUGGUUCUCUUCAACCAGGCGCUUCAAAUCUUUGACCGUAGCUUUAUCGAUUUCAUCUUCCUGUGCCUUUUUCAGGUUAGAAAAUUCGGUCCAAAGAUCACGCCAGACUGCAGGGAUUCGCAAGUAGGCUUUCCCUUCCUUAGAAUUUUGAGGAAACAGGAUGAAAAGCGCAAGGGUCGACACAUAUCCCUCAGCCUGCUGUGGGUUCGGUGUCACGAGACCAUCCAUUGAGAGGAAAGUUGUAAAGGCAUUUGACUUAUGCGUGACCGAGUCAACCACCAGUGGAAAUGGGGGCUCUUGCGGUUUGGACCAUCGAACUUCAAUGGCCUUUCGGCAUUGGUGGCUUGAAGACGAAAUAUCUUGGUAAACGACCUUGCAUGCCGAGUCUCUGGCUUUACAUGUCUCUUCCAGGACUCUGCGUGGGCUCAACCCGGUGGAUUUUCCAAAGUCACGAAUGAUAAAUUUGGCUUCAAUCACUGGAGGAGGCAGGCCUAAGAUAGACCCGUCGUCAGGUUCGGCCUCGAACAUGUCACCAAGGAGACCCGUAGCGUCAUCGUCCAUUUCGUCUGUGGGCACGCUAUCAGCAUCAGAGCCACCAUUUGUCGCGCCCGUUGCUAGAUCUCUCGUGGCCUGGGGUUGCUUUUUUCGCUCUACAGGGCCACGCAUAAAUGCUGCAUCCUUCCGGAGCUCGUCCAGUUUCCCUCUCCAGAUGAAAUCAGCCUCUUGGGCCUCAAAGAGCACGUCUCGUUCGAUCUUAGCGAUUUUCCGCUGCAGUUUUGCAACCUCAGGGUCAUCCGACUCUCCGACAGCAGCUCCACGGCCCUUCUUUCCCUUUCCAGGGCGAUCGAACAGGUCUGGUUGAAGGCUGUACAGCUUGGUCUGUAGCUCUAGCCACUCUGGUACCAUGGUGUCGGGGUCGAUAGAGCUAUCCGAGUCAUAUGACACGGGCAUCGCAACUUUCGCAGCUUUCCAAUCUGGCUUAGGCUUUCCCUGUUUACCAUCAUUUUGUGAUUUGGGGGUAGAUGACCUUGAUGGCUCCGAGUCUGGUAGGAGUCAGCGCUUUCUAUUUGUGCAAAUUCCAUUGAUUCCAUGGGUUUACCGAUCAUCCACGAAGUGACACUAUCCGCAUCUUUUUGGGGACGGACAGCUGGCUGUGCAUAUGGUGGAAGGUCCUUUUUAUCACUGUGCAUUGCCAACCAUUCCAGCGCCUCGUCCAGAUUCCACGCUACCUCACGGCUGGUGCUUGUGGAACUGCCUGCGAAAUAGGUGAGGACAUGUUUCAGUGCCUCUUCUGUACGCUCCUCCGAAAAACCAAGCUUGAGCAAUGUCUCUUUCAGGGUCCAGAGCUUGCCAUAUAGUUCCUCUUCGGAGACUACUUGCUUCGCACCAGUGCUCCGAGCACUUGAAAUGAGAUAGUCAUGCUCUUCAAUACCAGCCAAUUCAAGAAUUCGGUCUUGGAUUUCGGUUGGAAGCCAUUCGAGAAGACUCAAUGACACCGAUUGCUGUCGAAGGACUCGCCUUUCGGUCUCUAGCUUGGUUGCCUGGCGCACCGCAUCACUCCUGCACUUUACCGCAUAUUUAUCGACCAGAAUCUGUAGUUCUGCUUCCUCCAAGUGCCGCUCGAGUUCUUCCGGGGAAUAGCUUUGUAAUGAGGGACCAGCCCUAGGCGCGUUCGACGUUGUUUCACCCGCGGGCCCGUCCUCUGCCCGAGGGACUUGCGGUUCAUUCUGCGGUGUGGAUUUGGAGUCGAUAGCAGUCGGUGGUGGGGUCUCCGUUGUGCUCUCUGUUUUGGGCUUCGAGGGUACGGAGACUGUUGCGAAGCCUCGAGCCGGGUUGGAGGCGGGCUUCUUCUUUUUCUUACUAUUCGGUGGCAUGGUGGGUGCAGUAUUCUGUCCAAGCAAAGAGCAUCACAAGAUUAGUAAAUCUUCCAUUCCAGAUAAGACUAAAAAUCAAUCAGUUCAGGUCAGACUCACAGGAGCUGCUGAGGAAGUUGGAGAAACAGGAACCGGACCUGGCUGGUUGAGCGGCGGAGAAUGCAAUCACUCUGAGCCCCCCCACACAAAACUCUUAUGACAGCAUUCGAUCAUCCCAGCCCACCUUCACUACCCAAUUCACUCCCUCCCCCCCCUCCUCCCUCCACCUACCCUCUUCCCUCCUCUCCCCUGUAUUGACCUCUGAUCAUGGAUCCAAUUCCAUGGGACCAGGUCAAGGCUGGGGAUCUGGAUGCCUUGCGGGUCGCACUCUUCUCGAGUUCGACCUCGCGCAGGCUCCGGGCCCUGCAAGAACUUCGCGAUAGAAGCGGGACCGAACUCUCUCCGGAAUCCCAGCAUGACGUCCUAGCGCUACUCUUCCUGACGUAUCCUCUCUACGUCGACCGAUCAUCUCGCCAAGCCGUCCAACAAUGUCUCCGCUCCCUCCUCCGCACUCCGAACGCCGCGGAUCACCUCAAAUAUCUGACUGAGAAACUCAAGACAGAGGCGGCCAAGCCAGGUUUGGCUUCAUCUUCAUGCUUCGUCUUGCUGGAGUGGUGCUGCAUUCUCUUGCAGCAGGUUAGUGAGGAUUCGGCCACACCCUUGGCAAUCGUGCUGGAUUUGAUCGCGGUGGAUGCCAAGGCUUUGGAGAAUUGCUUCGCCCAUACGCCCAAGGCUCCAGUCAUUCAAUCAGCUCUCCGGGUUACUAGGCGGGCUUUGCGUUCAGCGUUCUCUUGCCAGACAUGGGGUGAGGAUGCUGUGCGCCAGUCCGUUAGCCGAUUGACCACCGAUGCUGCAGCCGGCAAUAAGAAUGCGCUGCUGCUUGGUGUCAUCUCCGGAGUCUGUGCUCGACUGCCUGCCCGCAAACCGAUCCUCGAGCAGUCUAAGAAGGCUAUUCUGGACUACUAUGUCAAGGAGAUCUUGAGCUCUAAGUCUGCAGUGCCUGCUCACGUGGCCAACGGCUUGUCAGAUUUCUUCAGUUCCUUCGUGACUGCAGAGGAUGUGACCACCGAGUUGGUACCUCCAAUGGAGAAAUCCAUGCUCAGGGCACCGGAGGUUAUCAUGAACGGUGUGAUCCCACCACUCUGUGCCUCGCUCCCGGAGGACAUCGACCUCUCAGAGGUGGUUCUCUCUCGCCUGUCGAAACACCUACUCUCCAGCAUGAAGUCAAACAAUGCGAUCAUUCGACAAGGGGCUGCUAAUUCAUUCAGAGCAUUAGUCACGCGCUGUAAAACGGAUACCUUGGUCUUGAAGAUCACAAGUGAGAUCGUUAACCCACUGAAGACACAAAAGAUCACUGCCCCGGAGCACCGAGUCGCCUAUGCUCAGACCAUUGCCGAUAUUCCAUCAUCUGCGAAUGUUUCUAAGGAAAUCGUUCAAGGAUUCGUCCCCGUCUUUACGAGGGAGUCCAAUGAAGCUGCUCUGGAGGAGGAACUGAAAUCUUUUGGCAAGCACCUUGCUUUCCUCAUCCAGUCGUCCGUCAAGGUCGGUGACGAUGUGAUUAAUGCGGUUGUCAAGGGCAUUUCCGAUAAACGAGUACCAUUUCGAAAGAUCUGGCAACUUAGCGUGGGAGAGGUGCUUUGGAAAUCUGACGUUGCUUCUCUGAAGUCCGCCGAGAUCGAGCCAUUGGUCGCCAAGUUCCUGGCUAAGAUGAAGGACAUGUUUGGAGAGGUUGCCUCGAACCCGCUUCCUUCGGCGCAAAGUGGCGCUUUGUCUUCUGCAUACAUUUUCCUUUCGCUAUUCGAACGUAUUUCGGAUACCGAUGGCUCAGAAAAGGCUACAUGGGAGGAAAAGGUUUCCCAAGCCGUGACUAUGGGCUCGAAACCCUCUUUCCUCCUCAACCCUAAGGCUUACUCAAAAGUCACCUCCCCUCUAGAAAUGCAGUGGCUGGUCCGCGCUCUGGCUGCCGUCACAUCAGGCUCUAAGUUUGUUGGCGCCGAGAAUACUGCUAAGGCAGCUUGGGCCCAGUCCUUUAUUUAUACUAUAACUGGUCCCGCUAUGGCGGCAAGCUAUCGAGAGAGCGCCGUGGAAUCUUUAUCCACUGUGUACGUUAAAGACGUGGUAUCUAUCGGCCCUAUUGUCAUCAGCGCUCUUUGGUCCUGGAUUUAUUCGUUCCGGACUGCGGAGAAAGAGUCAGCCGCUGUCUCAGCUGGGCCUGGAAGUGAACGUCUACUCCAACUUGUCUUGAAAGCUUUGUGCCCUUCCUCUAAGGCCAGGGAAGAAUCCAGGAUUGCUGCCUCGGACAUUGAAAGCCAGUUGAUCAAUGUACUUGUUCUCGGCCGUCCAGAGAUGAUCCCGAACUGCUCGUGGAUUGACUUGUGUCUGAGGAGUGGUGUCGAUCCAGGAAACCUGGUUCGUGCCCAUCCAGCGGAAUGCAUCGAGCAAUUGGUCCGCGUCAAUGCAGACCCUGUGCAAUCUGUUGUUCCUAAUGUCAAUGUGGCGGUCUGGAGCGCAGCAGGUGACCUGGCCUUUGUCGCACCCGACGUCAUGGUCCCCCGCAUCGUCGAUCAGAUCAAAGAGGAUCUGGAUGGUGCCCGUCUAUCCAAGUUCACUGCUACCGAUGCCGCCAUUGCUCGCACCCCCGAGGGAACCGCGUUCAUCGAUGUCUUGAGUAGCAAGUCUAAGCAGCCAGCCUUUGACAAGAACACCAAGGACUAUGACACACUGAAGUGGGAGGAGGAGCUGCGAGCUCAGCUGGCCGAGAAGAAGGGCCAGAAGCAAAAGAAGCUUUCUGCUGAGGAACAAUCGAAGGUAAACGCUCAACUCGCAAAGGAGGCUAAGAUUCGUCAAGAGGUCCUCCAGGAAGUCAAGCGUAUCGAACGUGGAGCCGGCCUUGUUCGGGGUCUGGCAACUGGACCUGCCAACGAUGCCGAAGGAUGGAUCAACGAGGCCGUCAGCUGUCUGCUCUCUCUUGCCCGUGCAGGUGCUGGGCUCUUUGUUGGCGAUGUGGUUUCGCAGGCUUAUAUCGCCUGCUCCAACGAGUUGUCCUCGCGUCUGGGCAACACCCGGCCGUUUGUGGGCGUUGCAACCCUGCGUGCCAUUGGUAGGACCAAUCUGCCCGCAGAGAUGGAAUCUGAACACCUUGGUCAGCUCGUCACACGAAUCUUGUACCGCCUGCGCUUUGCUUCCGAGCAGCGCCCCCUAGAUAUUCCCUCUCUCGCUUACAUCCUGCCAUUGAUCUUCCUGAUCAUGGGCCAAAAUGGGAUUGAUGAGGUUAAGGGCGACCAGGAAGGUGAGCAGGUUCUGCUUGCUGUCGAGUUUUUGUCAUUCCACACCAGUUCUUUCACCGAUACCCGCCUUCCUCGCGUUGAAGUGCUCCAGCAGCUUCUUUCCGGUAUGCAGAGAUACACUCAGCAUUAUAAACUGAUUAAAGAUACCCUGUUUGAUUUCUGUCGUUGUAUUGCACCUACUAUCACCAGCGAGGAGCUCCAGACCCUCUUGCAAGGCACGAUCGUCCCCGACUCCUCCGUUCGGACUUCUGUGCUCCAGGUCAUUGAUGCUGAAAUCGAUCUGACGGAUCUUGAUUUCUCGGAACAUAUCUGGCUGGGUUGCCACGACCAGGUCGAAGAGAAUGUCGAGCUUGCUGAGGGCAUCUGGGAUGAGAAUGCCUUGGAAGUGGAUGAAACCGCCUUCUCCAAGAUCAUAAAAUAUCUGGACUCUGAGGAUAGCCAGCUCCGCGGAGCUGCUGCUCGUGCAUUGGCUCACGCCAUCGAGUUUGACAAGAGCAAGUUUGCCGGUAUCCUGUCCGAGCUUGAGGCCAAAUACUCCGAGGAAGUCAAGCCAAAGGCCCCUGAAAAGGAUGCCUAUGGCAUGCCAAAGAAGAUGGAAUCCACGGACAACUGGGUCAGCCGCAGCGGUAUCGCGCUGGCUUUCAACGCCAUGACGAACCUCUUUGAAGGCGAGCAGAUUAUCAACUUCUUGCAAUUCUUGAUUGAGCGUGGUCCCCUCAUUGACAAGAACUCUUUCGUGCGUAGCCAGAUGGCAGAGAGUGGUAAAUCUAUCAUUGCCGAGAGGGGUCAGCAAAAGGUCGAGGAACUCAUGCAGCUCCUCGAGACAGUUCUGGAGACUUCGGACAAGGCCACUCAGAGUUCCGACCUUCUGAACGAAGCAGUUGUCGUGCUUUACGGAGCUUUGGCCCGCCACUUGAAGGCCGAAGACCCCCGUUUGCAGACAGUCGUCAAGAAGCUUCUCGCAACCCUGCCUACUCCCUCGGAGACCGUGCAAUCCGCUGUGUCAGAGUGCCUGCCUCCCUUGAUCAGGCUGUCUGGCCCCAAGACUGCUGAUUAUGUACAAGAGAUGCUCGACUCGCUACUGAACGUCAAGGACUAUGCUACUCAGCGUGGUGCGGCCUAUGGCCUGGCUGGUAUUGUCAGCGGUAAGGGUAUCUCGACUUUGCGCGAGUUCCGCAUCAUGAGCCUGCUCAAGGAGGCUACCGAAAACAAGAAAGAGCCGCAUCAACGACAGGGUGCCUUGUUGGCGUAUGAACUGUUUGCUUUCGUUCUCGGACGCACCUUUGAGCCCUACGUCAUUCAGCUCGUUCCUCAGCUGCUCGCCGGCUUCGGUGACCCCAGCAUCGACGUUCGUGAUACCUGUCUGGAUGCAUCCAAGGCCUGCUUCCAAAACCUCAGCUCAUACGGUGUCAAGAAGAUUCUGCCCACCCUGCUUGAUGGUCUGGAUGACACCCAAUGGCGUAGUCAGAAGGGAGCUUGCAAUCUCUUGGGUGCCAUGGCCUACCUUGACCCUCAACAGCUUGCUGCUAGCUUACCCGACAUCAUCCCUCCUCUCACUGUUGUACUCAAUGACACUCACAAGGAGGUCCGCAAUGCUGCCAACCGCAGUCUUCAGCGCUUCGGUGAGGUCAUCAGCAACCCCGAAGUCAAGAGCCUUGUCAAUGUGCUCCUUAAGGCUCUGAGUGACCCUACCAAAUUCACUGAUGAGGCCCUUGAUUCUCUCAUCAAGGUGUCUUUCGUGCACUAUUUGGAUGCCCCUUCGUUGGCUCUGGUUGUUCGUAUCCUUGAGCGUGGUCUUGCUGACCGCUCCGCCACCAAGCGCAAGUCUGCCCAAAUUAUCGGCAGCUUGGCUCAUCUUACUGAGCGUAAGGACCUCAUCGCGCACCUGCCGAUUAUCGUUGCUGGUCUUAACCUCGCCAUUGUCGAUCCUGUUCCCACUACCCGGGCAACCGCUUCCAAGGCUCUGGGUUCGCUCAUCGAGAAGCUUGGAGAGGAUGCUCUGCCAGACCUGAUUCCCAACCUGAUGAACACUCUCAAGUCGGAUACCGGCGCUGGUGACAGACUGGGAUCUGCUCAGGCGCUUUCCGAGGUGCUUGCAGGUCUGGGUACUACUAGACUCGAAGAGACUCUGCCAACUAUUCUGCAGAAUGUGUCCAGCUCCAAGCCUGCUGUUCGUGAAGGCUUCAUGACUCUGUUCAUCUUCUUGCCUGCCUGCUUCGGUAACAGCUUCGCCAACUACCUCAGCAAAAUCAUCCCGCCUAUCCUUGCUGGUCUUGCCGAUGAUAUCGAGUCGAUUCGUGAGACUUCCCUCCGCGCCGGCCGCCUGCUUGUCAAGAACUUUGCAACCAAGGCCAUCGACCUCUUGCUUCCCGAGCUGGAACGUGGUUUGGCCGACGACAGCUACCGCAUUCGUCUCAGCUCCGUCGAGCUGGUUGGAGACUUGCUGUUCAGUCUUACUGGUAUCAGCGGCAAGUCGGAGGCCGAGGAAGAGGAGGAGGAAGCCACCCAGGCUGGUCAGUCCUUGCUGGAGGUUCUUGGAGAAGAGCGCAGGGACAAAGUUCUCUCCGCCCUUUUCAUCUGCCGCUGCGAUACUUCUGGCUUGGUCAAGAGUGCCGCUAUGGCUGUCUGGAAGGCCCUGGUUGCUUCACCAAAGACCCUCAAGGAGAUGGUGCCCACGCUGUCCCAGCUCAUCAUUCGCCGCCUUGGCUCGUCCAAUAUGGAGCAGAAGGUCAUUGCUUCCAACGCCCUGGGCGAUCUUAUCAAGAAGGCUGGAGAGUCGGUGCUGUCCACCUUGUUGCCCUUGCUUGAGGAGGGUCUUCAGACCUCACCUGAUGUGGAUGUUAAGCAGGGUAUUUGUAUUGCUUUGCGUGAGCUCAUUACUGCUGCUACUCCUGAGGCUCUUGAAGAUUAUGAAAAGAUCCUCAUUUCUACUGUGCGCGUGGCUCUGGUUGAUAGUGACGAGGACGUGCGCGAGGCCGCUGCCGAGGCCUUCGAUGCUUUGCAGCAGAUCUUGGGCAAGAAGGCCGUCGACCAAGUCCUGCCUUACCUGCUUCACCUACUAAGGAAUGACGAGGAGGCCGAACAGGCCUUGUCUGCCCUAUUGACUCUGCUCACCGAGCAGACCCGAGCCAAUAUCAUUCUGCCCAACCUUAUUCCUACGCUGCUCACGCCUCCCAUCUCUUCCUUCAAUGCCAGGGCCCUGGCUUCCCUAGCCGAGGUUGCUGGUGGUGCCAUGACGAGAAGACUUCCCAACAUCAUCAACGGCCUCAUGGAUGGUAUCAUCCAGACCGACGACGAGGAGCUCCAGUCAGAACUCGAGACUGCUCUCGAUACUGUGUUGGUGUCUGUGGAUGAGUAUGACGGUCUGAACACCGCCAUGAACGUGAUGAUGACUCUUGUCAAGCACGACGACCACCGCCGUCGGGCCAAGGCAGCUCUACACCUCAACAAGUUCUUCUCGGAUGCCGAGCUCGACUACUCGCGUUACCACCAGGACCUGAUCCGCGUGCUGUUGAUUUCGUUCGACGAUUCAGACAAGGACGUUGUCAAGGCUGCUUGGACUGCCCUCAGUGGUCUCACUUCUCACUUGCGCAAGGAGGAGAUGGAGGUUCUGGCGGUUCCAACUCGCCAGAUCCUGCGCCAAGUUGGCGUUGCUGGUGCAGACCUUCCUGGCUUCAAUCUUCCCAAGGGUAUCAUGGCCAUCCUGCCGAUCUUCCUGCAAGGCCUUCUCAACGGAACUCCCGAUCAGCGUACCCAGUCGGCUCUCGCUAUCGCCGAUGUUAUCGACCGCACCGGAUCUAACUCGCUCAAACCUUUCGUCACCCAAAUCACUGGUCCGUUGAUUCGUGUAGUGUCAGAGCGUUCGGUGGAUAUCAAGUGUGCCAUUUUCUUCACCCUCAACAAGCUGCUGGAGAAGAUACCGCUGGCUGUCAAGCCCUUUUUGCCUCAGCUUCAACGCACCUUUGCUCGUGGUCUUGCCGAUUCCUCCAGCGAGACCCUGCGUAACCGUGCUGCCAAGGGUCUUGGUAUUUUGAUCACUCUGACUCCCAGGGUGGAUCCUCUUAUUGCUGAACUCAUUACUGGAUCCAAGACUACUGAUCUGGGUGUCAAAAAUGCCAUGAUGAAGGCACUCCAGGAGGUGGUUGGCAAGGCCGGAGCCAACAUGAGUGAGGCAUCGCGUACUGCCAUUCUUGCGCUUAUCGAUGAUGAUGCCAGCGAUGAGACUGACUCCGUUGCUAUUACCAACGCUCGACUACUUGGUGUGCUGGUGAAGGUGAUCCCGGCCGCAUCUGCGGUUCCUCUGAUCAAGCACCGCGUUCUUACGGGACAAUUUUCGCACGCAUCUAUUCUUGGCCUCAAUGCUCUCCUCGCCGAGGCUCCUGCUACUCUGAUGGAGAACUUCGCCGUCGAGACCCCGGCCGCUAUUUGCCAGGGUAUCGCGCACAAGGACCCGUUCAUUUCCGACAACAGUGUGCUCGCUGCUGGCAAGUACCUUCUGUCAAAUGACGGUGAUCACAGCUUCGAGACGCACAAGGCCAUCUUCGAGGCUUUGACUGCUGCUAUCCAGCCCGGAGGUCCGGUCGAUACCCGUCGACUGACACUUGUUGUCAUUCGGACCGUAAGCCGCCUGCACCCCGAGCUGACCCGUCCCCACCUGGCUCUCCUCGCACCACCUAUCUUUGCCGGUGUUCGUGAUUUGGUCAUUCCUGUGAAGCUAGCCUCCGAAGCUGCUUUCCUGUCCCUUUUCUCCGUCGUGGACUCGGACAGCGAAGUCUUUGACAAGUACAUGGCCGGCCCCGGCGCUUCACUGCCUCCCGGACCCAAGCGUAGCAUGUCUGACUACUUCAAGCGAGUUGCUAUGCGUCUUGCCACUCAGGCCCGCGAGCGUCGGGUCGCCGAGGGUGGUGUAGGUGGUCUGGGCUUGUCAAAUGAUGAGGUGGAGGAUGAAAAGGAAGUGUGGAGUAUUGGCAAGGUGGAUCUGGGAGAUGAUUCAUUUGGCGAUGACUGAUGAUCUUUUUUUUCCUUUUGUCGGAGCAUUCCAAGGUUGUGCAUCUACAUGUCUCUAGAUAUACCCUUGGGCUUCCUUGUCCCAAUUCUCGUUCUUGUGUUUUAGCUUCGUACAAAAGUCUGUUUACGUUGUGUGUAUGUUCAUAUUUCAUUUGUGUCAGUAGAAUUGGCUUAGAGGAUAUAUCCACGAGAUAUUAGACUUCCAAGAGAUCCAUUCGGAGAUGUAUGUCAGACAGCCCAUACAAAACAGGUG